AUGGCCAAAGACGUUGAGCAGGUCACAGAGCAAGGCGAAUACUCCGCCAAGGACUACCACGAUCCACCUCCGGCGCCGCUCAUCGACCCCGAUGAGCUCACCAAGUGGUCCUUGUACAGAGCCGCCAUAGCCGAAUUCAUAGCCACCCUCCUCUUCCUUUACAUCACCGUCUUGACCAUCAUUGGCUACAAGAGACAGAGCGACACCACUAUUCCCGGUAACACCGAGUGUGACGGCGUUGGCAUUUUGGGCAUCGCUUGGGCCUUCGGUGGCAUGAUCUUCGUCCUCGUUUACUGCACCGCCGGCAUCUCCGGAGGACACAUCAACCCUGCGGUGACAUUCGGGUUGUUCCUGGGGCGCAAGGUGUCGUUGGUGAGGGCGUUGUUGUACAUGGUAGCACAGUGCGCCGGUGCAAUCUCCGGUGCUGGGUUGGCGAAGGGGUUCCAGAAGGCCUACUACAACAGGUACGGUGGAGGAGCUAACACUGUGAGCGAUGGCUACAACAAAGGUACUGCCUUGGGUGCUGAAAUCAUUGGUACCUUUGUUCUUGUCUACACUGUUUUCUCCGCCACUGAUCCUAAGAGAAGCGCUAGGGACUCUCAUGUUCCCGUUCUAGCACCCCUUCCCAUUGGGUUUGCCGUCUUCAUGGUUCACUUGGCAACAAUCCCUAUCACUGGAACCGGCAUUAACCCGGCAAGGAGUUUCGGACCAGCUGUGAUCUUCAACCAUGACAAAGCCUGGGACGACCAAUGGAUUUACUGGGUUGGACCGUUUGUGGGAGCUGCGGUGGCUGCAUUCUACCACCAAUACAUUCUUAGAGCUGCAGCAAUAAAGGCUCUUGGAUCCUUCAGGAGCAACGCUUAA